AUGAAAAUGUCGAAUUUGAAAAACACAUUACCCCAGGAGGGUAGGACAAUUUGUCCAGAAUCCCUCUCCGCGCAAGCGGGCCGUCCCAUGGAUUCUGGGGGGGACAAAAAUUCGAGUAGGACAGGGGGCGUUUGCCCCGACCUUCAUGAUGACAAGGCGAGACAAAGGGAGGAAGAGGAGAAAAUUAUUGAUGAUUGGAGCAAGAAGAAAAAUAAAAUAAAAAGAACACCCCCGGUGACGAAAUUCACCAUUACACCAAGGGAGGAAAGCGAGAGUAAUAAAGAGGAGGUAUUUAAAUCUUGCACGGACACACCCGUCACACCUUUGACGGGUGGGAACUCUGCGGGUUUUUUCGAAGAAAACGACUUCACGAGUGAUGUGUUCAGUCUCAGCAGUGAGAUGGAAACGUCGGUAGGAGAAUUGGUGGAAAAGAUAGGCGAUGAGGAAAGGGAAUCAAACACAGUAGGAAACACAGAAGGAAACACAGAAGGAGACGACUACAUAAUGUCACUAUAUAGGCUCACAGAACAAAUCACGGAUGACGAAGAAAACACGACAAGGAAGACCAAACGUAAAAGGGUGGAAAGUCCAUACGCAGAGGAAGAAGGGCGAAGAUUGGGAGAAGCCUUUAAAAAAGUAAGGGACAUCGCCGAGAUGUUGACAAAACUUGUUGGUGAAAACUCAAACACAAAGAGGGAGAUUAAAGAGAAUAUAAGGCUACUAGACAGGGCCGUAAAGAAGCUCGGGAAACAUACCGAGGAUUAUGUUGUGAUGGACAAAAGAACGGUCAGAGUAGACCAAGCAACAGUAACCUGCACGACAGGGACACAGACUGAGACCGAGGAGGAAAGGAGGAUGAUCCAGACAAGGGAAUGCCUGAUAGAAGAAAUGGGAGAUAAAAUAAAUGGUAUAGAGGACAUCGAGGGGAUUAUCGGCAGGAAAUGGGGCAGGGAUGUAUUUAAAAAUACAUCAGUGAUAGUAGGGAACCCUGGGAACCCGGAAGAGGACGAGAACUUAGUGAUCGUCUUUGACCCGGAAAGUGAUAGGCAAAACUUCAACAUGGCUGGAAACAAGGAGAUCGGGACAAUAAUCAGCGGGAAAAUGGUGGAAAGAGGUGGCACGGCAUAUCUAAAAAAACAAAAGGAUUUAGAAAUCGAGGGGAGCGCCAACAUCGUUGAGGAGAGGUGCAUAAUAUUUGCAGGAGGAGAUAGCACGGAAGGGGCGGACCGAGCACUAUUUAAAAGCUGCUACAAAAUUAAAGAAGUGAUGCUGAAGAAAAGCAUAAAGAAAACAAGAAUGGUCAUCGACGCCAAAUUCCUCACGGAGAGAACCAGGAAAAUCACAGAAAUAGCUCUUGCAGACACUAACAUCGAAGUGGAGAUGUAUGACAUGGGCAGAAAAAAUGAGGAAGGAUGGAAAGUCGCAAGGAGACCCCCCAAAAGGCUUUUUGAAACACAGGCCCUGAUUAUACAGGCAAAGGGUAAGAGCUAUGCGGACCUCCUCAAAGAGGUGCGCGGAAAAAUCCUACCCGAAGAGGUAGGUGACUCGGUCAAAGACCUUAAAAAAACUAGAAACGGGGAUCUACUGAUUACCCUUAACAAGGAAGAGGAUGUAAAUAAGUUCAAAAAUAUCAUUACUACGAAAAUCAAUGGGGAUCAGGUAAAGAACGCGGGAGACAAUAGAACUCUAAUAUAUAUCAACGACAUGGAUGCGAUAACUACAAAGGAGGACGUGGCAGCCGCCAUAGAGGGAAUCGCACCGGGGGCAGAGGUGGAAGUCAAGUAUAUGAGGGAAACCAUGGGAGGAAGACAAAUGGCAGCUGUGCUGAUGGACGAGGCAGGGGCCAAAAUUGUAGUAAGGGAAGGGAGGGUUAAAAUAGGCUGGUCAAGCUGUAGGGUUAGAGAGAAGAUUACAUUCGAAAAGUGCUUCAAGUGUUGGAAAAUGGGGCACAAGGCCGCAGAAUGUAAAGGCCCAAGUAGGGAAGACAGAUGCAGGAAAUGCGGUGGAGUGGGACAUCGCAUGAGAGAGUGCGAGAACAACAUCCCCUACUGUUGGACCUGCGAGGAGCAGGGUCACACCAAUACCAGAUGCCCCAGGUAUCAAAAGGCACUGAGGGAGGAGAUCAGGAGAGCAAAUUCGAGGUGA